GUCAAAGUCAAUAAGCACAAAAAUUUCGAAGGCAGUUGGUUUUUUCGCUUCCUUUACCGAGCCAUUACAACAUACAAUCAGGCGGAUCAGACAGACGACGACAUCGAAAUCGAAACGUGGCUACAACAGCCAGCUAUGUUAAUUCAACUGGUCUUCCUGGGCAUCCUAUUGUGGGCGUCCUUCUUUUGGCUGCAGUGCCGCUACCUGGAUGUCCUGGAACUGCUCUUCGCCUGGACAGGCAAUCAAUUGGCGGAAACUCGAAGGAGGCGAGCUCGCGAAGAACGGUGCCGCCUGGGCCAAAAAUGGGCGGUCGGAAAUAAGGGCGAUGGCAUGGAUCAGCUGCUCUCGCCGCCGAUCAAGAAUCGGCUCAAUAUCCGCGUGGAGCAGUGCUGCGACUUCAUAACCGCCGGCUUGGGCUUGGUGCUCGAGGACGAAGUGACCCAGAGGUUUGUGGCCCCACCUUCGCCAGCUGGGGAAUGGAAUUUGCUGACCCGCAACCUUCGUCAGAGGAAUCGAUACCUCAACUGGCGUUUAAGGACGGCCUGGCUGCUGGGAUGGGUUACACGCUACGUACUGCUGUUGCCCGUCAGGACCAUUGCCUGCUGGCUGUGCCUGUUCAUGAUCAGUGGAGUCUCAAUGCUGCUAGGUCACAUUCCCGACUGGUGCUUCAAGAAGAAGCUGGUGGAGCUGGUAUUGCGGCAGUGCUUCCGAAUCACGGCCGCCUGCCUGCCGAUGAUCCGGAGAUUCCACAACACGGAGUACCGGCCCACCAAGGGCAUCUGUGUGUGCAAUCACACGAGCCCCUUAGACGUCCUGGUGCUGAUGUGCGAUGCCAACUACUCGCUGACGGGCCAGGUCCACACCGGCAUCCUGGGCGUCCUGCAGCGCGCCCUGUCCAGGGUCUCCCACCACAUGUGGUUCGACCGCAAGGAACUGGCCGAUCGUGAGGCUCUGGGUCUGGUGCUCCGCCUACACUGCUCCAUGAAGGACCGGCCGCCGGUCCUGCUCUUCCCCGAGGGCACUUGCAUCAACAACACCGCCGUAAUGCAGUUCAAGAAGGGUAGCUUCGCGGUCAGCGACGUCGUUUAUCCAGUGGCCAUUCGAUACGAUCGCCGAUUCGGGGAGGCCUACUGGGACAGCACCCGACACUCUAUGCUCAGAUACAUGCUGAUGGUGGUCAGCUCGUGGUGCAUUUGCUGCGAUGUCUGGUACAUGCCGGCACUCAGCCGAUGCAAAGACGAGUCCCCAGUGGAGUUUUCGAAUCGAGUGAAGGCCGCAAUCGCCGCCCAGGCGAAUAUCGAUGAUCUGCCCUGGGACGGAAACCUGAAGCGCUGGAGUCCCGUCAGGGACUGGCAGUAAUUCAAGCAUAGCUUAAGUUCUUACCUUGGCUAUUUUAUGUCGCCGUUUGUGAGCCGUUGUAUGAGCCUUUUGAUACUAGUAAAUCGAACGAUAUAUUUUAGAGAGCAAAAUAAGAUAAAUUCACUUAUUA